CCGCGCCUUGGAUGCAGUGUGACCAGACCAGCAGCACCGAGCGCACGGACCGACCCGCACCACACCAGCACCGCAAAAAUACAAUCCAAACAAUGACAUUCUUACAGAUACGACUGAAGCAGACGAUUAUUUGACAACUUCCCACCCACACCUUGCCUUCGCCGCUCCUUCUUGCAAGUGCCCCGCUCCGACUUUCCCGCCCUUCCCCCCAGCCGAUCGGCCCUCCAGCCCAGCGGGACCAUGAUGCUCAGCAGCUCUGUGGAGGUGCCCAGCCCGGGUGGGAUGAGUGGCCUAAGUGGGCUGACGGCGGCAGCCCGGAACGUGGUGCGCUCCUCCAGCAUCUCGGGGGCCAUGUACAGCCUGGACAAAAGUCCUGGCAGCGGGGGCCCAGACUCUGCAUCGCUGUCCGGGAACAAAAAGCGGCGUUCCAGUCUCGGUGCCAAGAUGGUGGCCAUUGUGGGGUUGUCGCAGUGGAGCAAGAGCACACAGCAGCUCAACCAGCAAGAUGGCGGGACCAAGAAGCUGCGCAGCACCAUCCGGCGGAGCACAGAGACCGGCAUCGCCGUGGAGAUGAGGAACCGAGUGACACGGCAGGGCAGUAAGGACUCCACCGACGGUAGCACCAACUCCAACAGCUCUGAUGGAACGUUUGUCUUCCCUACUACGCGCCUGGGGCCUGAAAGCCAGUUCAGUGACUUCCUGGAUGGACUGGGCCCUGCUCAGAUCGUGGGUCGGCAAACACUCGCUACACCCCCCAUGGGGGAUGUCCAUGUGGGCAUGGUGGACAGAGGAGGGCAGCUGGAGGUGGAGGUGAACCAGGCCAGAGGGCUGAUCCCCAAACCAGGCUCCAAGAACAUACCAGCAACCUAUGUGAAGGUGUAUGUUUUGGAGAAUGGAGUGUGUCUGUCCAAGAAGAAAACCAAAGUAGUAAAGAAAAAUCUCGACCCCACCUACCAGCAGGCUCUGUUGUUUGAUGAGAGUCCUCAGGGCAAAGUCUUACAGGUAAUAGUGUGGGGGGAUUACGGGCGUAUGGACCACAAGUGCUUCAUGGGAAUGGCCCAGAUCCUUCUGGAGGACUUGGACCUGUCUGCCACAGUCAGCGGCUGGUACAAGCUGUUCCCUACCUCCUCUCUGGCAGAUCCCAGCAUCGGACCCCUGACCAGACGCCUCUCCCAGUCCUCUUUGGAGAGCGCCACCAGCCCCUCGUGCACCUAAACACCCAGUAGACACACAUGCACGGGCACAUGCAGACUCAUGCAGACACGGACACACGUACUGUAUAUACACAACGACUGUAUCUGAACACAGGUUGGCAAACACACCCCCAUGUGCAUCUGUGCAGGAGGAUACACUCGACAUAUAAGUACACACAUCUCAUCGACAUUAAACACACGUGAACAUGCUGCCAUAUCUGAAACUGGACUCUUCAUUCAUGGUCUCACUCAAUAAUCAGUGUUUUUAGUUGACUUUAUAGCAGACAUCAUUUACUGGAACAUGUAGCAUUUUUCACCCUCUCAUUUCAGCAUUUCCUGUCAUGUAACAAGGAUUCACCCGGUGCCAUAUCUUGCAUUCCAACUUAUCAGAUUUUUGUGGCACGACUCAUCCCAGGGCCAUCCUGAUGCCAAUUUCUAAACUCUCUAUGCCAAACUAAGAAAAAACUUUAUUUUUUAAAACCAAAGCAAUUGUUAUUGUUAUUGUUAUUAUUACUAUUAGUUGUAGAUGAGUAGUAGUAUACAAUAUAAUGUAUGGAUAUGUAGCAAAGUCACUGACUUAGAUGUAAUGCAAAAAAGAAGAUCCAUUCUAAACCCAUGAGCUGAGAAUGAUAGGCCAAACACAUAAACAUACCAGGGCAACAGGCUUGGAUAUUCACAUAAUGAUUAUUAUGUGAGGUAGCAACACUGCUAUUCUAUAAUUUUCACAGGGCAGAGUUUAUAUAAUGAUAUACAUAUAAAUAUAUAUAUAUAUAUAUAUAUACAGAUAUAUAUAUAAAUGGUUAAAUACCUAUUUGUGUUCAUGUAUGUAUCGGCUGCAUUCUGCAUGUCUGCUUGCUACCUUUGUAGAGACAUUUUAAAGAGCUUUUUUAUUUUAGCUUGCCUUGACCAAUGUAACAGGAGUGUAGUGCCACUUUAUGUUGCUAUUCGUCCUGAGGAAAGAGCACUGCACUGAGUGAGGGAGAAGGAUGGGGCUUCAGUGACCAAAAGAGAGCGCUAUCAUCGCCAUUUGCAGAAGAAGAGAAAAAAAUAAUUAGUCAUCUGCCUAGCCAUUAGCUGAUGAACACAUUUCUGAUCCUGCCUUCAUCUUAGAGAAGUGGGACUGUUGUAACACAGGGAACUCAGCACAAAAGGCGUUCUGGGAAAUGUGUCCAGCUCUAGUCUGGGGUGUUCCACAUCCUCUGUAUACCAGCACCUAGACUUGUUAAACUUCCUGUUUUUUUUUUUUGUUUGUUUUGCACUCUUCCUAACUGAUGCAGGAAAUAGGAAGUUGAUAAGCAUGGCUGUUUCUCUUUAUUAUUUGGUCAGAAUCCUAAAGGAUGUAAACAUGCACACAGCUGAUACCAACUUUGACCUUUAACCCUCCCUCUUUCUCUUUGGUCACCUUUUUUGAUACAUAUUAUAAAUGUAUUUGAUUGGUCAGUUUUACCUUACAGCAGCGUCAUCCUGCCAUGUACUGCAGUUUUACUUGGUUCAUGUGCAUCGAGCAGCAUUCUAUUUCCUGUUGAGGUGUUUGGGUUUAAGAUGGCACUUUACUGUAAAAUAUGUCUGAAUUACAAACCUGCAGCGUCGACCACUCAUUCAUUUUGAUUUAUUUUGUUUGGUCGCACUGCAAUUUGCAUCUACUUAAACCUUUUUUAAAAAUGAACUGAAAUGUAACUGAAGUGUAAUAAGAACAGCUGAUUCUUUAAGGUUUGUUUGCCCUCAGUAUUUAAAAAUUCUGAUCAUGUUUCUAUUUUAUCUGCAAAUAAAAUGAAUAUAAUAAUAGAGAAAACACAAAGCCAAAUGGUAGGAAUGGGAACCAGAUAUUCUGAUCCAUCAGAAUUCCUUGUCUCAAAGCUUGUUAAAUCCUUUAAUGGUAUUAGUAUGUUUGUCUGACUGUGACAAUAAACUUGUGUCUAUAAUACAGGCAACAAGAAGAACUGGUUGUUAUGUAAAAUGUUAAAAGAUCAUCUCAAAUAAGAGGCGAAACACUAAUAAAAUGGAGUUUUUGUCCUUGUUUUUUCCACAGAAAAAUCCAAAAAGUCCAAAAUUAAUACUUGGAAUUGAUGAGAAUAAUUUAGAAUCACUAGAAUCCCAUCUCUGUUGCCAUCCCUACUAAGUGGUUUACAUCUGUUCUAGAUGAAUUAACCCUCAAAGACUUCAGAUUAAUCUGUCUUUAGUCAUUUAUUACCACAUUUUAAUACUGUCCUCUGCAUUUUGAAUUUCUGUGAAAAUCAUUUAAUGUUCUGGCCAUGAGGAUGUUCAGAAAAGCAGAAGCAGAAAACAUUAACUGACAUAAAAACAAGUGUUUACAACCUCUGUCAUUUGUCAGAUUACAUGGGUUUUACUGGUGAAUCACUGCUACAGAAGACGACAGUGUUUCCAUGGUUACUAUGGAGUCUCUGGACGUCCAAAUGGGUCAUAUCUGAUGCCCCUGAAUACUGAUAAACUGUAUUUUACCUGAAUUUUUUAAACGCAUUGAUAGGAUUGUUGGAUUAAAACUUAUUAAACAUUUUUGCCAGCAGAUAUUUACGUCUUUGGGGGUUAAAAUAAGCUCUAACAAUUUUAAGUAUUUGUGUUUUAUGACUAAAGAAGGCACAAACCUGUCAGCUGUUCUACUAUUUGUGCAAUGGUUGAGUCUUCAAAGCAGUAGCAGAGUGUUCUGAACUACUGGUGUUAACAGUUUACCUUUAGCUAAACUUUUUUUUUUGUUCUCUUCAAUCUGUGUGUUUUCAAUCUGUCUUUCUUGAGGCCGACUCUAAACCUUUGGCUACGGUUAAAGACACUUAAGACUCUUCUAUUCCAGCAGAGUCGGGACAGUCGACGGGCUCAAGCUACAGCCUAUUAAAAGCUUGUAUUUGUUUACGAGCUCACAUCUGGUUUUAUCGCCACCAUAUGUUGUUGUAUUGACUUGUACUGUGUGGUUUCUUACACUGUUCGUCUUUCUGCAAAAAGGGAAACUCCAAGGCGUUUCGUCUUCUCAGCACCUCAGACCAACAGAAUUCACAUUUCAACGCUCUUUUGAAACUUUGAUAAAGGGAACGAUCUCUGGCAUUCUUGAAUUUCCGGGAGGAGGUUGGCGGUCAUUUUUCUGACCCUUCCCCAUUAUGUAUACAACCCUUUGAGAAGAACCUUCAAGGUCUAGCGUCCAGUUGUAUUGGAGCAGAUCCUUGCUGGAUAUGUAACUGUGUUGUUAUGUAUAUGAAGUAAUUUUAUGUACAUUAUUAAUUUGUAUCUUAUCUAUUUUUGUGGACAGCUGGCAUGAUGUAAAAAUGCUGACUUUUACUCUUGUUAUUUGCACUCAAUCUCUUCAGUGCACACCUUUGUGAUUCCUAGAAGACAAAAAAAGAGAAAAAAAAGAAAAAAAAAAAAAACAACCUUGGUUGCUGAAAGUGACGUAAAUAGAAAGAACAUGCAAAUUAAAAAAAAAGAAAAGAAACCUAAAAGAUCAAUGUAGACCUGUAUAACAUCCCUGUUAACUACUGAAUGUUUCGUCUUAGGUAAACCUAUAAAACUGUUAAUAUUUUCCAAGUGAUUUCCAAUGUUUUGGAGCUUAUAUAAGACUAUGUGUCCCUUUGCUGUAUAUUAAGUAAACCCAAACAUCCACAGUUCUAACGAUGGAUAGUAAAGGAGGCGACAACGAUGUUUCGGGUGUGUUUUUCAUAACAGGCAGAGAGCUUAACGCCAAAUUCGUCCAAAUCUGUUGUUUUCUGGAACCAAAAGGAGAAGCUGAACUUUUGCCUUUCUUCGAAGUGCAGUGUGAGUGUAUAUCUCUUGAGGAGGUGCAUUUAUUGUACUGUGUGAUGCAAAAUAAGCGGCAGGGCUAAGAAGAUAGGUGUGAAGGAGAUUUUAAUGUGUAGAUAUUUAUUAAAGAGAUACUUCAGUAAAGAGCUGCGUAAAAAUUUAAGGAUCAGGGUUUUCAGAAAUGAACAUUUUAACAUCUUUUUCUUGCUUCAUGACAUUUUCCAUAGAUUAGAAUAUAUGUAGGAUCACAUGCAUUGUCUCAUAACGUGGGCAUUUUAUUUAUUUGGAGAGUCUCGAGCUUGUUUUAAGAGUUUCAGGUGUCUUAAAGUUGAGAAAGCGAGUUAAAGGCAGGUAGUCUUUUGUGGUCAGCGGUUGAGUUGAGGGAUGUUUAAGCUUCUUCUGACAUAGAGGUACAUUCGCUGCAUGGUGGUAACUCGCUAAAAUUCGACUCUUCACAGCAUGAAGCCUGUUGACGAGUUACUGGAUCUUGAAGCACAUUUUUUUUUCAGGCUUGAGUAACAGAAGCACAGCGUCUCUGCUGAAGUUUGUGGAUACUCGGAAUGUAGACCCUUAUUCUCGGACAAUUAUUGAGCAUUCUCAAAUCAGAUUGAAUCGUGCAAAAAAUAUUUUAUAACGUACCUUAAAUCAACCUGAAUUGUUUCUUUGAUUGCUGGGUUUGGAAAUGUGUUUUAUUUUUGUAAGGAGAUGGAAUUAUUCAGAGGAGGAGUUGUUUUAGAGAGGCGGCGUGGGCAAACCUGCCUUUAGAUUUUUGUGAAAAUGAGGGCUUGUUCAGUUUACAAUGGCCUUAUUUUGUGUAGGAGACAUUGCUUCACUAUUGUAGCACACAACUGAAAGUUUUGACAAAUGUAUUUUGCUUGAAAUAUUGUACUGAAGUUACAUAUGUGUAUAGUUUUAUGAAUGUAUUUCUUAAUCCUUACAUUAGAACUGAGUGUAAUUUUCUUUUGUCAUUUGUUUGCUAUUGUCUCUUUGAAGACUUUCCAGGGUCGCCUCCUGCGUUGGUUCAGGUAGCCCCUGCUUUUACUGUACUGUAUACUGUAAGUCUUAUUCUUCGUGUGUUCAUUUAAAAGAACAGCUCUGUGGUUGAAACGAGCAUGAAUUCUGUCUGGCGAAAUGCAUUUUUGAUUUAUUGAAAUCGCCACGAUGGGUUUCAAGCAGAAAGGAUUGCUACUUCCCCUUCGCCCCUUUGCAAAUUACCCAAUCUAUGAUCUAUCUCAAGUUGAUGGGAUUGUUCUGAUUUUUGAUCUUUGAGCUAGAAAAUGUUUGCCGCAUGGUUAUUCUGAUGACUUUCUUGUAUUUAAUCUUUAUGAAGGAAUGAUGAUAUCUAUAUCGAUAAUAACAACAGAUGGUUGUGAUGUAAAUUGGACCCAGACCCACAUCUAUGGGCAUUUUAAGACGAUGCAAAAUAGAUAAUAGUCAAAAAUGCUGUAUCUUAAAGUAGCAUGAGCAUAGCCUUCCAUAUUCUGAAGUACUUCCUCUGGCAAUAACCAUUCCCUGCAGCCUCUCACUGUUUCCGGGGCCCUCAUUUGUGGGCUCUUUCUUACUCUGUAGUCGGAGGGGUGUGUGUCAACCUCAGGCUGCAACUGUAUCAGCUGAAAAACCAUAGUAUUAAAACCACAUUUUCAGGUUCAUGACUCAUGAUGCAGUUAAGACAUGACAUUGCAUGCAAUGCAUUUUGAAUAUCUGCUAUUUUAUGAUAAGCAGCAACUCUGUUUUUUUUUCUUGUUUUCUAAAGAAGCAUGCAUCCAUAUUCUUUGUCUGUUUGCGGAUGUAGCAGCUGUCAACCAGAACAAAACAGACGUCAUCUUUUGUUGUUUUCUUAACUCCUGAGCUGAUGAACAAAUUCAAGGUUUUUUUUCCUGCUGAUUUUUCCAGUUUGUCUUCAUCCAUGUCUAUAAAUGUCCGUAAUCACAGCACAAGUUCUCGAGCAGACAUUCUGUCCUUUUAAGCUGUCUGUCAGACUAUAUUAAGGCCACAGUAGCUCCCCUCCCCUUCUAUCGAGACAACCUUCAUCUUAUCAAGCCCAGCAAAGCACAAACCCUCCCAAUCACAACAGAAAUUCAUGACGCAACAUGUAGCUCAAAAAUAAAAAUUCCUUUUAGACUUCCCCAAGCACAUUUCACAACUGACACCUUGUUUUCACAUUUAACAAUGAAUUGAAAUUAUCAAAACCUCUGGCACAUUUCCAUUGGAUUGCUGGUGUUGGUAGAUGAGUGGUUGUCUUUUCUAUCUGGCCUUAACCUUUCCACCCAGGAGUGUUCACAGAGAACGUUGUAAAGGGCAAAGCAAAGCAGACUGAUGAAAAGGAUGUAGUUUGUGGCAGAGAAGAAAAAAGGGAGCUGUAAUUUUUUACCUGUGCUUUGUAAAUGUUUUCUAUGUGCAGUAUUUGAUAAUGUAAAACUGGUAUUUUUGUGGUUUGUACGCUGCAGAAUUGAUUACUUAAGGUGCACGUAGUUUUGUAAGAAAAACAGAACCAAAUUGAUGAAAAAAAAAACAAAAAAAACAAAACAUUUCGGAUUCAGAAGCCUGUAUUUGCAUGCCCUUU